GACUGCUAUAGUAAAUCUGUCGCUCGCUACAGCCGGGAACGAAUAGCCUGCUGAACAGCUAGACGCUUUGACUGGAAAGCAACAUAGCCUACUUAAAACAAAACUUUAGACUAUAUAAUAUUAACUCUUUGUUGAGGGAGAGUUGCUGUAAACAUUAUACUUUUUAACCAUUUUAACCUUUUAACCAGCAUAUUUUAGCUGCUCUUUAUAAAAAUGGAAUACCAGAAAGUUACGGACGUGAGCGCCAUGUGUAACGGAAACAAAGUGUCAGAGUUAAACUGCAGGAACGGUUUCGCAGAGUUGACCAUUGAGACCAAGAAAGCGGCUGUCCAGCGCAUCAACGAGACAUCUCGAAAAGAGGCGGAAGAUGAAUCUAGAUUGCCCAUUUUAGAAGCAGCUUACACCACUAUCCUCCGGGGUCUAGGGGAGAAUACCGACCGUCAGGGUCUUUUACGCACUCCACUGCGUGCCGCCAAAGCCAUGCAGUUCUUGACCAAGGGAUACCACGAAACCAUCUAUGAUAUUCUGAACGAUGCCAUCUUCGAUGAGGACCACGAAGAGCUGGUGAUUGUUAAGGACAUUGACAUGUUUUCCCUUUGUGAGCAUCACUUGGUGCCCUUCUUCGGAAAGGUACACAUUGGAUAUCUGCCAAAUAAGAAGGUGGUCGGACUGAGCAAGCUUGCAAGGAUUGUCGAGAUCUACAGCCGAAGACUUCAAGUUCAGGAGCGCCUGACCAAACAGAUCGCCACGGCAAUCUCUGAGGCCCUGCAGCCAGCCGGUGUGGCGGUAGUCAUCGAGGCCGCGCACAUGUGCAUGGUGAUGAGGGGCGUGCAGAAGAUGAAUAGCCGCACAGUGACCAGCGCCAUGCUGGGGUCGUUCCGAGAAGACCCCAAGACACGUGAGGAGUUCUUGGCCUUAACGAAGAGCGCCUAAAUCUGAUGACAUAAAUAUGACAAACACACAUAAGACCACAUACACACUCACUCACUCGCACAUGCCCAUAUGGACACGAUGACGGUCAAUAACAUUAAAAAAAAUUGUAAAACUAGGUGAACCUUAAUAGCUAGGAUUUCCCAUAGUUGUUGAAUUUCUUUUCUAUUCUAAUGGUAACAAAACAUUUGGAGAGAUGUGAAAUUCCCUCUACACUUAUAUGAUUAGAUAUGUAAAGCGCUUUUCCACACAGUGGUCUUAAGUCCUUUAGCAAACCCCCUCCACACCCUCUACUCUAUAUUGGUGCUAAGAGUCUUCCUGAGAACUCAGGGUUGCUCAGCAACGUUAACAUUGCACAUAUUUAAAACCUGUAGUAUUCAUAGGUGCAGAGAGAUCAAGCCAAGCCAAAUGUGUACAUACCAGCAGGAUUCCACACACACACAAAGCCUAAAAGCCUCGUCAGCCGCUGUGCUCUGUAAUGUUGUUGUUUGGGUUUAAUGCUUUUGGGUUUAAUUAGUACUUUAAGUAGUUUCCAACAGUCAAUAAAAUGUAGUCCUUUAGAUGUGUAGUCUUUUCCAGUGUAUGUAGAAAUCUGAUGGGUUAUUUUUUUUUUAUUGCUGCCAUUUUGUGAAACAUGUAAAGCACGCUAAUACAUGGUAGUGUGUGUGAACCUGCAGAAAAUGUUAAUUCAUCAUUAUCAGUUCAUGUGGGUGUAAUCCACAUAAAUAGUGCCUUCUGAUUAAUUGCACACAUGUGUAAUCUACUUAGAUUUUACAAUGUACAAUAUGUACAUUUGUAUCAUAAUACAAGCAUUUUUGUUUUGGAGUGAAAUGUGUAAUUCUGAACAUUGUGAAAAUUCCAUACUACAGAAACUGGUGUUAUGUCCUAAGGCAUCUUAGUGUGUUUUGUAUCUUUUCAAUAUUUAUAUUUGAAGUAUUAAUUUCCUAUGUCUGCAACUAGUUCCAACACUGUGAAUCCUUGCAGCUGAAUCCAACACUAUGGAUUCAGCUGCAAGGCUAGAUUUAGCCGACUCCAACCAUACUUCACCAACACUCAUAGCUUACACAUUUUUAAUCUUUUGAUGAAAGGAUAUGUACGUCCUGCCUUAAAGUUAAAUCUGUUGUACUCAAUAAGCCAAUAUGUGUAUUAUCUGACUGUAAUUUUCUGUAAUUUACAGUUUUGUGCUUUGUAUUUAAACAUGUCAAUAAACAUUUAAAUGCA